UUGAUUUAUAUUUGCAUAAUAAAUAAAAUAAAAUGUUACAAUAUUGUUAACACAGAAAUUAACAAGAUUGUUAAUAUUACAUGUUUUAUUUUGCAGGCUGUGAGCUGUUUAUGUCACACAUGUAAAACUUAUAAAGAUCGCCUACAUUCUUGUCUUCAUUGCAUAUUUUUUGGCUGCUAUAUAAAAGGUCACAUACAAGAGCAUGCGAAAACGAAAAAACAUUUUCUAGCCGUUGAUCUGUGUUAUGGGAAUAUUCUGUGCUUCCAAUGCGGCGAUUAUGUAUACGAUAGAGAAUUGUUAACAGUGGCGAAAGCGCAAUGGAGCGAGACAGCAAAAUCCUUGAGCUUCGGGGAAUUCUAUCGGACGUGGGAACCCACGCAGAUAGAAGCGGAGUUGCUGAGAAAGCAUCCGCGCCGAAGACGCGUCGUAGAAAAUUCCACUAUAGGUUUAAGGGGACUAAUCAAUCUUGGGAAUACCUGUUUCGUGAACUGCAUCGUACAGGCACUGAUUCACACUCCACUGUUACGAGAUUACUUCCUUGCUGACCGUCAUCACUGCCCGCAACCGAGUCGCUGUCUGGUCUGCGAGGUAUCCCAUUUGUUCCAGGAGUUCUAUUCUGGCAACAAGGCCCCGCUGACACUUCACAAACUUCUGCAUCUGAUUUGGACCCAUGUUAGACAUCUGGCAGGUUACGAGCAGCAGGACGCCCACGAAUUCUUCAUUGCUACACUGGACGUUCUCCAUAGACACUGUGGAGCCGCUCCGAUACUGGUUAAAAACAACCCUCAUCACUGCAAAUGUAUCAUCGAUCAGAUAUUUACUGGGUGUCUUCAAAGCGAUGUUGUUUGUCAGGCUUGCAAUGGUGUGUCUACCACAAUAGAUCCAUUUUGGGACAUAUCUUUGGAUUUAACUUCGGCAGCUGGUGCCUCUGGUACUGACACACCUGGGUCACCCACUUCUUUGCUAGAUUGCCUGGAAAAAUUUACCAGAGCCGAAUAUCUAGGUUCUAGUGCGAAGAUCAAAUGUAGCAACUGUGAGACUUAUCAAGAAAGCACAAAGCAAUUAACGAUGAAGCAAUUGCCAAUCGUGGCAAUCUUUCACUUAAAACGCUUUGAACACUUCAUAAUCCAGGAUAAGAUUUUUAAGAAGAAAAUCUCUACAUUUAUCUCGUUUCCGGAACAAUUAGACAUGACGCCGUUCAUGUCGCAUAAGCGCAAUGGCAACAACAAUAGUGCUAUGCUGGACGGCUUGUCGAAGAACGGAGAAGAUAUGAGCUUCAGUGACAAUAGGUAUUCUCUGUUCGCCGUAAUAAAUCACGAGGGCUCCUUAGAGACUGGACAUUAUACUGCUUUCAUCAGGCAACACAGAGAUCAAUGGUUCAAGUGCAAUGAUCAUUUGAUUACGCGAGCCAAGCUGAAGGACGUCUUGUCCAGCGAAGGAUAUCUCCUGUUUUAUCACAAGCAAAUUUUGGAGUAUAGUUAAAAUGAUAGUCUGAAAUGGAAGAGAGGAUGUGAAUCAAGUCGUUUAACUAAUUUAUUUAACAAAGAAUAAAAAAGUCGCUGCUGAAGCUGGACGUCGGUGACACUUUAUGUUUAUCAGAUAUAAAUUAUUGUCACCAUCGCUUUUUGGUUUCCGCUGGCGCCUUUUGUGUUCGAUGGGCAUAUUGACUUGCUUGCUCGAUCGAUCUAUAUUAACAUAACGUAAGCGUAGAUAUUAAGAUUAGCUCAAUUUUUUUAAAUCGACCGAUCGCAAUUUUUGUAUAUCGCUGACUGUCGUUAUACUCCUGCCCAUAUUACGCUGGGGAUGGGUCUCGUGUGUAUUGUCCUCUUAAUUUCUGCACUUGCCAGCAGAAUAUUAAUAUCCGAUCUCUGAAAAACGCACCAGAGCAAGCAUAUGGUAUCGAGUUUCCAUUUACAAAACUUUGGAUCAUCUAAUAUAUCCAAUAUAUUAUUAAUAAAUUCGUAAAAGCUAGAAAGAGAGUUUGUAUAAUUUUUUAUAUUUGUGAAUUAGGCUCCCUUGUAAUUAUAGGUAUUUAAUGUUACCGAUUUGAAUACAAUCUCAGAGACAAAUAGAUCCCUCUUUGAUAUUGCGGAGAAUAAAUUUAAGUUUCACUGGUUUCACUAUUAUGGAAUUCAGUAUUUGAUAUGAAACAAUAUAUUUUUCCGUGCGUGCUAUAGGACUGUAUAGUUGUUAUAGUCAAAGCUUGAAACGCGGACAAUGUUCUAGGAUUGAUUAAUCAAUUCUGCCGGACAACCAAGCAUCUUGUCGUUGUAGUAAUUUGCUGAUAUGUCUGUAUAGACAGUACACAAAUAGGCGGAGCCCCUCCUCCGCAAAAAAAAAAAACUAUAACUCCAAGCCUAUUUCUAAAAACUGUGUUUAAUCAAGACGUUUGGUCGUUCCGCAGAAUUGACCAGUCAAUCCUAGGAAUGCUCGCAUUUCAGGCUUUAACCAUAACAUAGUGAUAUAAUUUAUCUAAUACAGCGACCAUCCCUAGGCGACUUUAUACAGAUAAAAUAACAUGUUACAACAAAGUAUGAAGACAUUGUCUGAUUUGAGGCAAACUCUUUCACUAGACUUUGUACAAUAAAAAUCGCUGCUCGACAAACUGUCGCUCUGGUUGCUCGUUCCACUUUUAAAUUCCUUUGUAUUUUAUUUUUUUUUUUUUUUAUAUUAAGAUACGUCGCAACUAAAGUGCCAAAUACACGAAAAUACGACGUCCAAUUUUAAAUCUCAAGCCGAUUAUUUUGAUUAAGUCUCGCUUGAAAAACGGGUUUUUGACUAACAAGUAUAGAAUAUAGAAUACAAAUAAAAGAUUCAUCCACUGGUAUAUAUAACAACAUCAAAACCAAAAGUUAAAAUAAAACUAGCUGUAUUUUAUGUAU